ACCCGUCCUUCUGCCUCUCCUCUGCCAGGUUUCCGGGAUGUCCACCUCCAAGCUCUCCUUGGCUUCGGGCUGCUGGUGGCCUUCCUCGGCCGCUACGGGCCAGGCAGCGUGGCCAUCAGCAUCCUCAUCGUGGCCUUCGCCAUCCAGUGGGCCAUACUGAUCCAGGGGUUUUUAUACUUCUUCCUGAAUGGCAAAAUUUACGUGGGAGCUCAGAGCUUGGUCAGCGCCGACUUCUGCACCGCGGCCAUUCUGAUCUCCGCUGGAGCUGUCCUGGGCAGGGUAAACCCCGUCCAGAUGCUGCUGUUGACCCUGCUGGGAGUCACCCUCUUCACUCUCAACGAAUACAUCCUGCUCAGCCUCAUGGGGGUAAGCGACAGCGGGGGCUCCUUGACUGUCCACACCUUCGGCGCCUAUUUCGGCUUGAUGGUCUCACGGAUCUUGCACCAGCCCCAUACGGACAAGAGGAAAGGGCAGCAGGACAUGGGGCACCAGUCAGAUGUCUUUGCUGUGGUUGGAACCGUCUACCUGUGGAUCUUCUGGCCCAGCUUCACCUCGGCCACCACUGCCCACGACAACGCCGAGCCCUGGGCAGUGCUGAACACCUACUUCUCGCUGGUGGCGAGCACCCUGGCCACCUUCGUCCUCUUGCCUGUCCUCUACGAGGAGAGCACCCUGCGGAUGGUUCAGAUCCAGGAUGCCACCUUGGCUGGCGCAGCUGUGAUGGGCAUGGCUGGGGAGAUGCUGGUCACCCCCUUCGGGGCCCUCAUCGCGGGCUUUCUGGCCGCCCGAACCCUGGCUCUUCCUCAACGCUCUCUCCAGCCCGUCCUGCGCUCCAGGCUGAAAACCCAGGACACGUGUGGGGUUCACAACGUCCACGGGCUGCCGGGGAUCCUGGGCGCCUUGCUGGGGACGCUGCUG